UACAUACUUUGACCGCAGCUGCUUUACGCACACGAACUGCAGAAGACGUAACGCAUCUCCUUCUUAACGUAACCAUGUGUAAUAGGGCACAAUUGCCUCCGUGCCCUGUACCUAUAUGCUUCGAGGAAGGCACAACAUAUCUUGUGGAAUUUCCGAGUGUCAUUCGCGGGUGGGAGACUCGUGGGCUUUUCGAAAGUGUCAGUAACGUCUUUGCUGGCAUAAGCCAAUGAGCCGUAGCCGCAGUAUCACGAGUAUACGAGAUAAUAUAAUAUAGGUAAUGAGCAAGAGGCACUAAGUGAAGCUGUUAUUUAUAAACAAAGAGACCGUGACGGUGGCUACGUCUCCGCGAGAUGAUGUCAUAGAUCGGCGGCCGUGCCGAGUAUCGAAAGAGAAAGAGAGUAUUAAAGCGAGUAAAGCUGCGGCGGUGCAAAACGAACAUCUUGUGCCAAGUAAACACACACACGCGCGCAUAACUUGUCUAUAGUGUCAGUUGUAUAAGGAUGUCGUGUAUGUGAGUGCGGAGUGUAAUUACAAGUGUGUAGAGGCACGGCACUGCAGUCGACCCGCAGCAGUCGGUGCUCGGUCGGGGCGGUGCGUGUGCAUAUCGAUUCUUACUUUAUAUACAUUGUUAUUUCUGCACUGCGCGGCGGUGGCGGCGGCGGAUUCAGGUUAUCGCGAGAGAGGCGCACACCACUGCAGACGAAAAUCCGCGCCGCAGUUGCUCUUCGGCGUCGUUCGUUGUUCUCCGCAUACAUGUCCAUCCUGUAUAUGAGCAAUAAUAGUAGCAUAUAGGCUCCCUACUCUCCUCCACGCUUAUCGACACGAUCGACAUAGCGAUAACGCAAUAAUCUUGAUUUCGCCUUGGCUUAUGAAAAUUGCGCACGAAGGACUGGAUUCGACCGCGGCAUCGUGUCAGCAUCAUUGCCAAUUUGUAUAGCAGCAAAAACGGCCGAGCCUCAGCGUGGAACUAAGCGUUGCAAGCAGCGCACCGGCAGCGCCGAGCUGAACGGAGGAGGAGGCGGAAAGUCGAGGCGGAGACGCUCGCCGCCACCGCCGCUGGUGCUUUGCACCCGCAUGGAGCCCCUGGCCAGCGGCAUGUCGGACCUCGACAACAACGAGCUGCCGCCGGGGCAGCCGCCGCCGAUAUCCCUCGACAACCACAAGCCGUGCCUGCCCAAGACGGUGCCCAUAAUCGAGCACUACGACAUCAGCGACCACGUGCUCGGCCUCGGCAUCAACGGCAAAGUCGUCCAGUGCUGCGACCGGACCAGCAAAAAGAAGUACGCCCUCAAGGUUUUGCACGAUUGCGUCAAGGCUAGGCGCGAAGUCGAGCUUCACUGGAGAGCGGCGAGGACUUGCAAACACAUCGUCCAGAUUCAGGAUGUAUACGAGAACACAUAUGGUGGCAAAAAAUGUCUACUUAUCGUCAUGGAAUGUAUGGAAGGUGGCGAACUUUUUCAAAGGAUACAAGAACGGCAGGAUGGUGCUUUCACUGAGAGAGAGGCCGCACACAUAAUGUACGAUAUAUGCAUUGCAGUCAAAAGUCUCCAUGACAACAACAUUGCGCAUCGGGAUCUGAAACCAGAAAAUUUACUCUAUACUCAACCUGACAUGUUUGGUGUAUUAAAAUUGACAGAUUUUGGAUUUGCUAAAGAGACCAGUUUGAAAGAUUCUCUACAGACACCUUGUUAUACGCCCUAUUACGUUGCUCCUGAAGUGUUAGGUCCAGAUAAGUACGACAAAAGCUGCGAUAUUUGGUCAAUGGGUGUCAUAAUGUACAUAUUACUGUGCGGCUUUCCACCGUUCUACAGCAAUCACGGGUUAGUCAUAUCACCAGGUAUGAAGAAACGUAUUCGACUGGGUCAAUACGAAUUUCCAGAUCCCGAAUGGACCAACGUGAGCGUUGACGCCCGCGAACUCAUCAGCAAGAUGUUGUGCGUCGAUCCACUGGAACGCAUCGCCAUCGACGGCAUCAUGAAAAACAAGUGGAUCGCCAAACACACGGAAGUGCCAGCAACGCCGCUGCACACUGGCCGCAUGCUUCGCGAGAGCGAGGAGACCUGGCCCGAGAUACAGGAGGAAAUGACGCGCUCCUUGGCGACGAUGCGCGUCGACUACGACACGGCCAACUUGAAGCAGCUCGACAAUACCAAUAACGCCCUGCUCAAUAAACGCCGACGUGCCAAACAAGAGCUGACCAAAAAGUCCCUCCAACCAGCUGAAACCACCGUCGUGAAAACUAGUGCCUCCUAGGACAUAGCCAAACUUGCGAGACUCAUCGAUCACAUGUGCCCUUGACUCAUCUCCUUCGAGCGGACAUUGUUCAAUAAUUAUUUGUUAUUGCCAAAUACAUUUUAUUGUCUAUACUUUUUGCAAUGUUGACGCAUGACGACUCGUGCGGUGGAACGUAUCGAGUAUUAUUGUGCCUAUGUAACUAUUCUUAAGAAACUCACCUAGUGCAAUCUUACUGAAAACAAAAACUGAUAAUCUAUUAAAUAGACUUUACGAAAACUUCUAUAGUCUGAAAGCUUCAAGAAACAAGUCAUUAUAUAUAUAAAAUAUAUAUAAAAUAUAUGUAAAUUGGUAUUUUGGCAAAGGCAUGUCUUGCAAUUCAAUCGUGUAAUUAUUCUAUAUCAAAAUAUCUUGAUUAGGACAAUAAUUCAUAAACUCUUCUUACUUGAAAAAUUGAAAAAAAAUAUAUAUAUACCAAAUGCA